AUGCAUCUUCCCAUGAGGGCCAAGGUGGCCCUUCUCGGGUUCCUGGCCUCUGCCGGACAUGCAGUAGGGGCUGUGGAACUCACGAAGGCGGACUGGGAUGAACAGACAGCAGGGAAGACGAUCUUCGUCAAGUUCUUUGCUCCUUGGUGUGGUCAUUGCAAGAGCAUGAAGCCUGCCUGGGACAAGCUGAUGGAGGAGUACAAAGCACAUCCUAGCAUUCUCGUGGCCGAUGUGGACUGCAUCGGCGACGGGAAGACCAAGUGUGAUGAGGUUGGUAUCAAGAACUUCCCGAGCAUCAAGUACGGAAACCCAAACAAUUUGGAGGACUACACUGGUGGGAGAGAUCUUCCAAGCUUGCAGAAAUUUGCGCAGGAGAAUCUCCGGCCAACAUGUGGGCCGGAGAACAUGGAGCUGUGCGAUGUUCUCAGCCAGAAGCAGCUCAAGGAGUACAUGGCCAUGCCGGCGGAAGAUCUGAAUUCAAAAAUAGCUGAGCAGGAGGCAUCCAUUGCAGCAGCAGAAAAGGAGGUGGACGAGCUUCUGAAAAGCAUGCAGAAGGAAUACGAGGAAGCAAAGAUUGCAAAAGAAAACAGGUUGCAAGAGAUCAAGGAUUCUGGCCUUGGUCUCAUGAGACUUGUCAAGGAGCAUCGGAUCAAGCUGAGAAGCGAUUUGUGA